AUGGCUGCUACUUCUGUUGUGGACAUAAAACUGGAAGAUAUUCCUGUCGAUGACAUUGACUUUUCCGACCUAGAAAAGGAGUUUCAGGUCGACUCUGAGAUCAAUUUUGACAACUUUGUUGUGGUCGAUGGUGCGCCCGUCGCGCCCGAGUCCAAGGUUCCAAUGCUGUCAAAAGUGCUUGGAAAGCUGUUCUCACAAGCGGGCAAAGUUGUCGACAUGAAUUUGCCUCUAGACGAGGCCAAAAAGUGCACCAAAGGCUAUUUGUUCGUGGAAUUCGAUUCUGCUGUUUCCGCCAAGAAAGCUAUCAAGAUGCUAAACGGUAAGAAGCUCGAUGUCAAACAUAGACUGCUUGUUAACGGGUUGAGUGACGUGGAAAAAUUCGGUUCAGAGAGCUUCGAAAGCGAAUUCAGCGAACCAAAACUGCCUGACUUCCAACCAACCGACUACUUGAAGUCCUGGUUGCAAGACGAACAGGGAAGAGACCAGUUCGUGCUGCACAAAAAUGAUCUCAUCGGUGUGUUCUGGAACAGAAACACACAGCAACCGGAAAACGCCGUGGAGCCCAGAUCUAACUGGUCCAACACCACUGUCAAGUUCUCGCCAAAGGGUACGUAUCUGUUCUCCUAUCACAACCAAGGUGUGGCAUCGUGGGGAGGAAGGAACUUCGAGCGUUUGAGGCGUUACUUCCACCCUCAGACCAAGGCUCUCGACGUUUCCCCAACCGAGAAGUACUUGGUGACUUUGUCCCCAGAGCCAAUCUCCGUUCCAGAGGAUGCGCCUGCUGAUUUCCCAUUCGGUCCUGAGUCGAACGGGCACCAGCUAUGUGUUUGGGACAUUGCCACCGGUGUUUCCGUUAAGACCUUUGCCUUGCCUCCUAACCAAAGUUUGCACUGGCCAAUGAUCAAAUGGUCUUUUGACGACAGAUUCUGCGCCCGUUUGGGACCUAACGCUUUGGCCGUCUACGACGCGGAAAACAACUUCGAGCUACUCGGCGGUAAGAUCAUGAAGAUCGAAAACAUCAUGGACUUCUCGUUCGCCCCAGCCGGUGUCAAGUUGGCUGCUAACAGAAACAAUGAACUUUCAUCCGUGCUAGCAUUCUGGACUCCAGAAUCAAACAAUCAAUCCUGCAAAGCCACAAUAAUGGAGGUUCCUACCAGAAGAGUUUUGAGAACAGUCAACUUGGUCCAAGUCUCCGAUGUCACUCUAAUCUGGCAGGAACAAGCCGAAUAUCUCUGUGUGAAGGUCGACCGUCACACUAAGUCUCGUAAGACUUUCUUCACAAACUUAGAAAUCUGCAAGCUUACUGAGAAAGACGUUCCGGUCGAGAAGGUCGAAAUGAAGGAUCUAGCGCUCAAAUUCGCUUGGGAACCUACAGGCCAAAGAUUUGUCACAAUUUCCAGAACCGAUGCUGUAGAUGACAAUCCAGCUAUUCCUAAGAAUGUGAUCACAUUUUUCGCUCCCGAGCAGAAGGAUAAAGCUGCCAAGGACGACAUUAAGAAGUGGAAGGCGUGUGCUUCCGUUACCGGCACAUUUUCGAACACCAUUUCUUGGUCUCCAGCCGGCAGAUUUGUUGUAGUGGCCACCUUGGUGACUCCCGACACGCGUAAAGCUGACUUCAAUUUCUUUGAUCUCGACUACACUGGCGAGAAGACUGACAAUACCUGCGAUGACGUGGCUGCCAAGGUCAAGGCCGUUGCCCACCCAGACUUCUAUGGUGCUACUGACAUGAGCUGGGAUCCAUCUGGCAGAUUUUUGGCUGUAUGGUCGUCUGCCGUCAAGCACAAGCUCGAAAAUGGUUACAAGGUUUUCAACGUCACUGGUGAGGUGGUCAGAGAAGAGUUGAUUGAAAAUUUCAAGAACUUCGCCUGGAGACCUAGACCCGCUUCGUUGCUAACGAACGCCGAGAGAAAGAAGGUCAGAAAGAACUUGAGAGAAUGGUCUGCACAGUUCGACGAGUCUGACGCCAUGCAAGCCGACAGCGCGAUGAGAGAGCUCAUCUUGCUACGUCGCUCGCUGUUGGAAGAAUGGUCCAACUACAGAGAAGAGAUGACCGAAGGCAUGGAAGAAGAAUACAACUAUAAGGUUUACGACCAGAUCGAGACGUCUGCUGUCGAUGAAGAUUUCGAAGUCGUAGAGGAAAUCAAGGAAGAAAUUCUAGAGGAGAAGGAGGAGCAGGUUGACAGCUUCGAAGAGCCAGAGACCUCUGACUAG